UGCACCACAAUAAAUAACUCGGCCCGUGCUGCAGACUUUAAUUAAAUAGUCAAAAAAAGAAGAAGUAGAUCAUCUUCUUAUGAGUAUCGAGUAAAUAAAUACAUAAAAGAUUAAAAGAGACACCAAACAAAUAAAGCCGUCUUGCGCCAUCAUCGGCCCUCCGGUCCACCGCUUUCUCCUCCAUUCCCGCGACUUUCUAGAGGUCGCCUUCCCGUUCUUCUAAGCAGCCUUCGUCUGCUCCCCGCCGACCAGAUAAAACAGAAAAUAUUAUAUCAAAAUAAAAGAAAUGAUUCAAACGUGAGGAUAAUAAGCUGAUCGUCUUCGUUUUUGAAACUUCUAACACUCAAUUUUUCGAAAUUCAGGAAAAAUCACGUCUUUUGGAGAACGGAAUGGUAAAAAUUCGAUCGUUUUGAUUUGGAUACCAUGGGCAAAGGAAGUUUUAGCUGGAAAGGGGAAGGCUUGACGUCGCGCGACGAUCAUCCUCCUCCUUAAACUUUGAUUACUUGUUCUUGAACUUCUGAAAGUCAGCCUCCAAGACGUCGCAAUCUCUACCAUGGGCUGGUACGUUUGUCUCAUAACUCUUCUUCGCCGCUCUGUUCUUUCUGAAAUCCGACCACAAUCCGACCACAAGUAGCCGACAAUCAUCCAUCGAGACCACCGAGAGUGAGAAAGAGAAGACGAGGGAGAGAUCCCAUCGAAGGAGGGAUGCUCUACCCAAAAAAUAAAAAAUAAGGGUGAAAAAUUCUGAAACGGGAUUACAAUAUUACAUGCCACGCAAAAAAAAAAAAAAAAAAGGCCCGGGGACAGGCCGUGCGUCUCCCUCCACCAUACUCAAAAAAAAAAAACGAUCAAUUCCAUCAAAUCAGACCCCACCUGAUGGCGCAAGUAAUAAUAUUCUGUCCCAUUCUUUAACUUCAUAUAUAGAGCCGUAUCGCUGGCAUUGUAGCUGCAGAGAGGGCGAUCCAGUGUCUCGACCAGGAAAACCAACAGCCCCAGAGUCUAAUGGAUUUUUCUCUUCCUUCCAAUCCUCAAGGGAAUCCUCAAGAGGGGAGAGGCGAAGUCUCCACCAAGGAGCACAACGAUCACCUAUCCUCGCUGCCAAGGCAAAGAGGAUUUCUACGUCCCAUCAGAAUGUACAAAGGGUUUUGGGUCACUGAAAGUUUGCUUCCCCGCGUGUUGGCCCUCCAAGAUCACUUCAAGCCUCGUCCCUCCGACCUCAUCCUCGUCACCCAGCCCAAAUCCGGCACCACCUGGCUUAAAGCCCUCUUGUUCGCUAUCAUGAACCGCACCAACUACACCUUUGCUCAACACCCUCUCCUCACCCGCAACCCCCAUGAGUGUGUGCCCUUCUUAGAGAUCCCCUUUCGCAAUCGAUUCUCCGAUCUGGAGGCGAUCCCUCCGCCGAGGCUCCUCGCCACGCACUUGCCUUACUCCAUAUUGGCGUCCUCUGUGGCUGACUGCGGUUGCCGGCUAGUUUAUCUAUGUCGAGACCCCAAGGAUGUGGUGGUCUCGCUGUGGCACUUCGCGCGUAAGGACAGGCCCGACAUGCGUCUGAGCGAAGCCUUCGAGUCGUUUUGCGAGGGGGUCUCGUUGUCCGGGCCGAUCUGGGAUCAUAUCCUCGAGUACUGGAGGGAGAGCCUGAGGAGGUCCGAGAAGGUGCUGUUCUUGAAGUACGAGGAGAUGAUGGCCGAGCCGGUGGGGAACGUGAGAAGGCUUGCGGAAUUCGUGGGGCGUCCCUUCUCGGAGGAGGAGGAGAAGGAUGGGGUGGCGGAGGAGAUUGUACAACUGUGCCGUUUUGAGAAGCUCAGCAGUUCGGAGGUGAAUAAAAAAGGCAUAUACGAAGCAGGGGAGAUAACUCUGCCGCAUGAGUCGUUUUUCAGAAAAGGCCAGGUUGGAGAUUGGACAAAUCAUUUGAGUCGUGAAAUGGGGGAGAAGUUGGACCGAAUUGUCCAAGAGAAGCUGGCUGGAUCCGGUCUGAGCUUCCGAGCAUCGUGAAUUCUCAGAGACGCUUAGCUGUGCCCACUAUGCAUGCAUGCAAAAAAAUUCUCCAGCCCGCUGAUGAUGGGGUGGCAGCUCAAUAUUUAUCUCUGUUUCAUGUAUCCCAUCUAAAGCAAGCUGUGCUUCCCUUCUGUACGUGUGCAGCCAUCUUCUUACUUAUUCAAGAUGCCUUUUCAUGCAGCAAGGAUCGUCUAGUUUGAGAUUAAUAUUUAAAUAUGAAUCUUAAAAUAAGUUAUUAAACUA